AUGCCCCUCAUUCCCUCCACCACGGCGCUGGCCUCGAAAGAGCGCGUGAUUCUGGGGUUAAUGACCUUCGGCCCUCCAGGCACUGAAUCGAAAGGUGCACGUAUCACCUCGCUGGAUGAGUACAAACAAACUCUGGACUACUUCCAAUCGCAGGGGUACAACGAGGUGGACACGGCACGGGCCUACAUCGACGGUGGCCAGGAAGCCUUCACGCGCGAGGCCCAUUGGAAAGAGCGCGGUCUGAAGCUCGCGACAAAAUGCCACCCCUCGAACCCGGGCGGCCAUAAACCCGAGAGUCUGCGCGCGACCCUGGAGACGAGCCUGAAAGAGCUGGGAACCGACACUGUGGACAUCUUCUACCUGCACGCGCCCGACCGGAGCGUGCCGUUUGAGGAUACGUUGCGGGAAUGCGACGCCUUGUUCAAGGAGGGCAAGUUCGUCCAGCUAGGUCUGAGCAACUAUGCCGCCUGGGAGGUCGCCGAGAUAUGGAACAUCGCCAACGAGCGGCACUGGGUCAAGCCAACCAUCUAUCAGGCCAUGUACAAUGCCAUCACUAGAGACCUUGAAACGGAGUUGCUUCCAGCCUUGAGAAAAUAUGGCCUGGACCUAGUGGUGUACAAUCCCCUCGCCGGUGGUAUCUUCAGCGGUAAAUACAAGUCGAAAUCCGACAUUCCUGCUGAGGGGCGAUUUGCGAACGUCAGCGAGCGUUCGGGCAAGAUGUACAGACAACGCUACUUCCACGACGCGACCUUCUCGGCGUUGCAGCACAUCGAACCCGUUGUGAAACAGCACAACCUAACCCUCGUAGAAACCGCCCUCCGAUGGGUCGUGCAUCACUCGGUGUUGAAACUCCCCAGCAAAGGUGGCAACGACGGUAUCAUCAUCGGCGUGAGCAGUCUGAGCCAGCUGCACCAGAACCUGGCGGAUCUGGAGAAGGGCCCAUUGCCGGACGAGGUGGUCCGGGUCCUGGACGAGGCUUGGGAAUUGUAUCUGAAGGCCAAAGGCCCGACGUACUGGCGGUGA